ACUUGUUUCGCGAAGAUAAUUAUCGUACCAUACUGUCGAGUACUAGUGUGGAAAGCUCCUUCAAACAAUAAGUAGAAGGCAUAAACUCACAAUAGUCAGAGAUAUUCUAUACACUUUUUGAAUUUUAGGCAGCUUUACACCCAACUGUUUCAUUUGUGCAUUUUCAAAAUUAUCUAUUUUGCUUCAAAAUCACCGCCUACUCCCGGUUUCUAUGUCAAAUAACAUUAUAAGUAAAGUUUACGCUUGCCGAAUUCGUUCAUCCAAGGUUGUAUCGAACUCUAAAUAUGAUUUAGGAAACCGAAAGAACGAUUUGCCUACUCUGAGGUGUUGUCUCCCAAUAGGGCGAGGGUUAUUUAGAGGCGAUCGCUUUUUUCUCGGCAAUCCGAAAUUAGAUAGCCUUUUAGUAAAAACCCGUCCCUUCUGUACAAGUUCAAAUAGGCAGACGAAAGCCAAUCCAGAUGGCUUCGAAAAGGCCAGAGAAACUUCACUUGCUGAAUUAAUCCAUAUGGUUGAUAGUUAUAGGGAAAAUUCUAGCCAAGAGACCAAACCGUUUGUCUCGAGAGAAGAUUUAGAGCAUACAUUAGUACAAGAAUAUCCAGAAGUUGUAGCCUUGCUUUACGUGAAGCAGCACAAACCGGCUCGGGCUCUGGCCAUUAUCAGAAAGGUAUCUGACGAGAUCAGCAAUAUAGAUCCCUCUAAACGUACAGAAGAGCAAAUCGACAGGUUGCACAGAGUUGAAGGAAUCCGAACGUUAGCAUUUCUGGAGAUGGGCGAAAUUGACCAAGCGUUGCAUUCUGCCGAUUCGCAAAUUGCUUUGAAGCCGGAUCACCCGGCUGGGCAAAGCAAUAAAGGGUGGGUUUUGAGCUAUAUGAAAGAUUUUGAGGGUGCAGAGAGAUAUCAGCGUAAUGCUAUUGAAAUAUCGGAGUCAUAUGCGCCAGCCCAUUACCGCCUGUCUUUGGUAUUGCGCAGGUUAAACCGGCUAGAAGAGUCUCUUAAAGAAGUGGAUUUAUCCAUUCAAUACGAUCCGGCGUUUUAUGAUUCAUUCAUUCAAAAAGCGUCUCUGUUAUUAGAAAUGAAUCGAGUGGAGGCAGCAAAAGAGGUCUAUAUCGAUUGUAUUAGACUCAAUCCGACAAGGCCGGAGGCUUACGCGGAAAUAGGUAAUCUGUUUUAUAUGUGUAAGAUGAACGAGAUAGCAACUAAGUUUUUGAAGGAAGCACUCCGCCGUAGUUCGAAUUGUGUUAACGCGAUGGUUUACAUGGGAAAUGUCUUAGCGACAUGUCAUCACGAUGCUGAGGCAUUGCGCUACUAUGAUAAUGCCUUGAAUGUAGACCCUACAUCGACCAAGGCACUUAUAUCUAAAGCUGCUAUCUUGGGGCGGCUAGGUAAGUACAACGACUCUAUCAACUGCCUAGAUGACAUUAUCGUUAGAGAUUCAAAUAAUGCUCAAGCCUACUAUCUCAAAGGUCAGGCUCUUCAAGGAAAGGCUAUGUACAAUGAAGCGAUUAGUUCUUUCGAAAAAGCCAUAAAAAUUGAUCAUCUAUUUCGUAAUGCCUAUGUAUGCUUGUUCAAGUUACUUCGUAAAUUAGGUCACAAUGAACAACUUCUUGCACUAAUUGAUGACGCCCUCACCAUAAUUCCUAAUUUCGACGACGCUUAUUAUAUUCGUGGCCUGGUAAGGCUCUUAUACAAGCAAACCGGUGAAGCAGUUGAAGAUUUGAAGAAAACUCUAGAAAUCAAUCCGCAUCAUGAGGCUGCACUUAUUGCUUAUGCAGCGGCCCUCGUUCAGGAUAAGAAAUUCGACGAGGCCCUAGAAAUCGUGGAGUCCUUGUCAAAAACCCGGUCUUCUUAUUUGUAUCACUUUAUUCGUGCAUCUAUGCUCUACAGCAAAAAUUGUUUUUCUGAAGCACUUGAGGACCUGAAUGCCGCAAUUUCACUUAACAACAAGCAUACGGGUAGUUACUUACUCAAAAGCAGCAUCUUGAAAGAACAAGAAAAUUAUGGUGAAGCGCUCGCAUGUCAUGAUACAGCCAUCAAACUCAACCCAGCAAUGGGGUCGCUCUAUAUCGAGAAAGGUAAUCUAUUGUUCAAACUCGGACAGGUUGAUGAAGCUUUCAAGUGCUACGACCUGGCGGUUGAAAAAGACGAACUUCUCACCGUAAAGUCACUAAGCGCUAAGAUUGCAGCUUUAGAGAGUUUGGAUCAAAUUGAAGAAGCAGAGGCGUUGAAGGUCAAGCUCGAAAACUUAAAAAUCAGCAAGGAUGAUGAAAGCUUAAAUGAUACAUCUAAGCGCGGGCGUGUAAGCCUCGCUUCUUUAGAAGACGUCUUGUAGUGUUUUCUGCGUGUGAAUGCAUAUGCACGACCGAGCAAAAACAACCUCAUUGUAACAAGUUUGUGUUGCACACACAAUUUGGCACAUGGCAUGUAGCCCGCGUUUUGCGUCUUUUCUACCCCUGUACAUGCAUUGUGUGUGGCCGAUUUUUUUUGACAUACGAAUGCCUUAUGGAGCGAUAGAGAAUAUACGGGCCACUUUGCAGAAGAGCAGUGUUAUUUUUUCAACACAAAAGAAACUCUCUAUGCACACGAUACAGAAGCCUGCUUUUUUGAAAACCUUACGUUUCGCGAUACUUCAGAUAAAAAAGCGUUGAUUACCGCGGGGGCGUUUAUCGUA